AUGUCUCUAUUUUCUGUGCCCGGAUGGACGGUGCCAGCUGCCCCAGUCCGUGAACAAUCCUUACAACUGUCGAAAAAACGCAAGCGCCCAAAUGACCAGACUCGAAGUAUUGAAACAGCUUCUAUUAACGUAGAGAAGCUUAUGUCAAAACUGGCCGACUCUUAUCCCGAACAGACGCAAAAAGGCAAAGGGAUCACCCCAAAACUUCAGGAUAAACCACCGACGAAGAAGCAAAAACGUAAACACAUUGGCUCUACUACGGAUCACAUUAGUGAACAGCAAGCAAUCAAGCCUAUUGAAAAAACGAAGGCGGCUCCUCCUAAGUCAAAGAAAGCAGGACAACAUACAGACGUGCACUCUGUGAAGGACAAAAAGGCUAAAUCAAAAUCGAAUAUCGACUCCUCUCCUUCGAAGCCCAAAACAAUUCCUAUUCAGGAGAAUGAGUCUUCGAAAACUGGGCUAACUGCCUUACAGAAGGCGAUGAGGGACAAGCUGGACGGUGCGCGGUUUAGGCUUAUCAACGAGAACUUAUACAAGUCAGAUAGCCAAACAGCGCAUCAACUGAUGCGGGAAGAUCCUCAAGUUUUUGAAGAAUACCAUACAGGCUUCCGCCAUCAAGUUUUAUCGUGGCCUACAAACCCUGUGGAGCACUAUGCUUCCCUUUUUUCUUCCUAUCCACCAAAGACCAUUAUUGCGGACCUUGGUUGUGGUGAUGCGGCUCUUGCAAAAGAGCUUCUUCCCAAAGGCUUGUCCGUGCUAUCAUUCGAUCUGGUAUCCGAUAAUAAAUACGUCGUGGAGGCCGAUGUUUGCACCAAAAUACCUCUACCGGGAUCGGAGGGGUCUGGAGACGAGCAAUCUUCAGGGGAGGGUCAGGUCGUCGAUGUUGUUGUCUUUGCGCUGAGCUUGAUGGGCGUCAAUUGGCUUAACUCUGUCCGUGAGGCUUGGAGAAUUUUGAAGCCAGGGGGCGAGCUGCAUAUUGCUGAAGUCACAAGUCGAUUUACAGAUAUUGAGCAAUUCCAAAACUUGCUUGGUUCCAUUGGAUUCCGGCUAAAGAACAUUGAUGACUCACGGUCCUCGCACUUUACUUUGUUUGAGUUCGUGAAAGUUCCUCGUGUAAAUAAAAGUGAAAGCGAGUGGAAUAAGCUUAUUUCAAAGGGGGGGAAACGAGGCGACAGGGCCGUUCCGAACAAGAAAACCCUUGUGCUUGAACGGCAGUCUUCUCCCGACCCCCUUCAGUUGACAGACACCCACAUUUUGUACGUUGCAUAUUUGGUACCAAUGGCAGCCAGCAAGUUGAACAUCCUGAACCACCCACUCGUCAACGCCGAGCUCUCGAAGCUUCGACAAGAAUCAACAAGUGCCAAAGAAUUCCGUGAAGGAGUUGAGACGAUCAGUCUACUUUUGGGGUAUGAGGCAACUCGGACAUUGGAAGAAAUCUCGUUCAAUGGUCAAACUCCCGUCGCAAAUUUCACUGGCAGCAAAAUUAAGCCCCGCAUCGGAUUGACGCCUAUACUGCGGGCAGGACUGGGAAUGACAGAUGCACUGUUGAAACUCUUCCCUACAGCCCCUGUUUAUCAUCUGGGUAUCUACCGGGAGAAAGUCACUCUGCAACCUGUGGAAUAUUAUUCCAAGCUUCCAUCCACUGUUCCCGUCGAUCAAGUAUUUAUUCUUGAUCCACUAAUCGCGACAGGAGGCACCGCGAUUGCUGCAAUUACGAUGAUUGCUGACUGGGGUGUUCCAUGCAAGAAUGUGAAAUUGCUCUCCGUACUUGCGUCCGAAGUUGGGCUGAAGAACGUUCAUGCCCAAUUUCCAGAUCUCGAGAUCUGGGUUGCAGGUGUUGACAAUGAGUUGACUUCGGAAGGAAUCAUCAGUCCAGGCCUCGGUGAUUCAGGGGAUCGCCUCUACAAUACCCUCCGAAGUUGA